UUCAAUUUCAGACCAUCGACGAAGCAAAAAAAAUCACAGUAAAAGCAAUUGUUAAUUCAUCAUCAUUGUAUAUUUGCUGAUCCCCAAGCGCAUAAAAGCAAUCCAAUAGCUAAGGAUAAGUGGAAAGUCUGACAACGCCAACAAAACCAAAGAAGCAGGAGGUGUGAAUAUUUUCAAAAGCCAUUGGCUGCUUAACGCAUGGCAGCUCAGCUCCAACGAAAGUUUCUUUCAACUACAUGAAGACAUUACAACGUCUAUGUUGUCGUCACUCACGUCAAUCACAACGUCAAAAACAAAGCCAAAGGCAAAGCCAUUUCGUCGAGAUUGUUAACACAACAAAAGUGAACGCUCUUACCACAGCAAUUGCCAACAGCACUGAGUCAGGAGCCAGGAGCCUGGAACUGCCUACGGCGGCAAAUACAUACACAAGUGUGUUUGCAAAAAUUCACACAUAUUUAACGGUGAUUAUUUUCCAAGAUAUCCAACAAGCAGAGUCGAAUUCUCCUUUUUGUGUUUGACAGCAGCGCCAGCGCUCUCACCACACGCAUAGCAGUUCGGCCGCCAGUCACUGGGCUGAACGUGGAAAUUCAUUUGGCGCUGUUCGCAUCGCAGCGUCACACUGAUUUUCUUUACUUUCCUCCUUUGCUGAACGAAAUUUACACCAAAAAUGGCUGGGGGUGGGCGCACAGCCGGCAAAUACGGAUAUUCCGACAACAGUUACUACAGUGGCCACUCCUACAAAAGCAUCAACGAUGAAAUUAUUUGGGUGAGCAUCGGCAUGGGCGUCACCAUAAUUGUCCUAAUCACAAUCGCACUCUGCUACAUUGCUUACGAGAAAUGCCACAAGAAACGCGAAUAUUACAUUAAUGCAUAACGUGGCAUGCCACACUGCGUGCCAAACACCUUCGAAACGUUGAAUUUCAAAAGCAACUUGCAGCUAUUAACGCCAACCAACGCCAGCAGCAGCAGCAGCACCGCCACCACCACCACCGCCAAACAGUGCAACACGGGCCUCGCUCGUAACACAUGCAAUAGCAGCGAAGUUGCAACAACGUAACCAAAAACUAUGUAACGUAUUUGCCAAGCAUAAGUGAGUGUGGUAACGGUACAUUGCUAUGGCAAUAAGUGCAGAAAGUAGAAUAAGUAGCGGAAGCGGAAAGUUAAAACAAGGUAGCGCAAAAAAAGGAACAUGAAAUGUAUAUGUAAAGGCAGAAGAGGGGAAGGGCGAAAAUUAAGGAACGUGCAGUUACAUGCUUUGCGAAUUCUAACCGCAACAGGAAAAACUUCGAAUGGCGUGGGAGAAGCUGCCUACCACCACCAACCAUCGGAAACAAACCGCCUUCAAAAAAAAAAAAACAUUCACAACGGAAUAAAGAAUUUUCUUUUUAUGGGCAAAUGUAUGUAUGUAUGUAUGUAUGUAUGUAUGUAUACAGUAUAUGCGAAUAUCUACAAGUAAAUACCGCAGAUUUCUAUGUAGCAUACCGAACCUAUGUACAUUUUGCACAACGAAAUAGAGCAGCGCCCGACGCCCCAGUAAAUCGUAAUGAGCCAAACAAAAAAGCGCACGAAAUUGCACACGAAAUUGCAUUUUAAACACAGUGUUGCAAAAUGAGGGAAGCAUUACAUUUUGCAACCGUUACAGUAAUGACAACAAUGACACUGGCGAUUUGUUGACGAUGCUGCCCUUUUGGCCAUCAUGAAGAAUUUCCAACAGGAUGCAAGCAGCGCAUCAACUCUCCUCUACGGCAACACACAGCAAUAAAAAUGAGCACACACAUACAUGGCAUACAUACACUUAAAAGAACUUAUGUUGCAUAUUUAGUAUAAUGCAAACACACAUAUACAUACAUACAUACAUACAUACAUACGUAAAUGCGUAUAAACAUUUCUAACUGUACGAUGUAUGUAUGUAGUUUGAGUUAGAUAUUAUACUAAACUAAUAAUGGGAAGAAAUUUAAUAAUGUAAGUAUGUAUGUUUACAUAUAGCCGUAUUUAUUACAUUCGAAUCUAAUGGCAUAAUGUUUACCUAGAACGUAUGGGCAAAUCUCCGGAACCGUGCGACUCAACGCUAAACGUAAAACGUAAAUUUUUAAAUUGAACGCACGAAAAUAAAUUAUACCACAAAUUGUUCGAAAUCCAUUGAGGAAACAUUAAAUUCUUGUGUGGUUCAUUUUUCUCAAAUGCUUAAAGAGUAGAAAACUAAAAUUUUCGAAAACUCAAGGUUAGCGAUAUUUCUAGAGGGCGUAGUUUUUGUCCGAUUUCAAAAAUUUUCAAGACAGUAUUUAAGAGGGUCAGUGUGAAGUGGUUUUCGAGAUGCAAAUAUUUGACAUAAGUGGGCGGGUCACGCCCAGUUUCCAAAAAAAUUUACGAAAAACUAAUUUUCACCUAAGAUCCAUUGAAAACAUAAUUUUUGAGUACCGCAGUGCCCAAAUAUCUGAAAAUCCUUUACAUACACACAUACAAUAUAAAUUCAUGGCCGUAUUUUAGACAAACAUUAUUUUGUGCAUUUAGCAUUUUCAACGAACUUUAUGAAGAAUUUUAUCUAAAGAUCACGCUUAAUGCCAACCUUCUAUGUUUUAGUCUGUCAGUGUGCUAUCAAAAAAAUCUGAAAUUUUAAGCCAUCAACGCAAAGACCUAUUCAAACAAUAUUUGUUAUAUUUUCAAUAUUUUGAAAGGCAUACAACUGUAAAAGCUAUUGUUUUAUUAUUUUAUGUGUAAUUAAAAUGUAUAUCGCUGAAAGUGGAAAAUGAAAAAAAGAACUUAAGAUAUUACCUUUUUGACAAUUACGGGUGACAGACUUCAAAUUGUUACAGUUUAUUUCCAAAGGCGAGCACAUACAUAUUUUUCUCAACGCCCAAUACAUUUUCCAAUAUCACAUGUAUACUAUUUGCUAUGAUUUUUGAAAGUCUCUAUUUUGCGCUGAAAAAUUUAUACUCAAAAAACUUACAAAAGGUACCCAAAGUGGCACGUGAAAAUUUUUAUUUUAAUUAUGACAUUAUCAAAAUAAAAAGAAUUAAAUAAGUUACAAGAACUCAUCACAUUUGUUAUCAAAAAAAAAACAAAAGUUUUUUAUAAAAAUAAAAUUACAUUAAUAAAAUUAAUUUGAAGAUGAGAGACAGAAAAGCACACGUUUCCAGAGACUUGCCCAUAUACAACUUACAUAUAUUAAUAAACUUAUGUGUCAACGAUGUCAUUUUAAAGAAUUUAUAAAAGUAGAUUUACUUUAGCCAAACGAUGAUACUAAAAGGUGACUUUACAAGGAAAAUAUAAAUGAUCCCACAUCUAAAAAAAAAAGCUUUAAAUAAUUAUAGGUAAGGCCUUUGGAAAUUGGAUUGAACAAAAAUUACUUUAUAAAUAAUUACAUGAAUACCCAAAUAUUAGAUAUAUGUAUACAUAUUAAAAGCUGAAAAUAUUACUUUAAAAGUUGGAUACUUUA